AUGGCAGAAAGGGACAGUGGCAGAAAGGGAAAAGGGCAGAAAGGGAAAAGGCAGGAAGGGAAAGAGGCAAAAAAGGGGAAUAGGCAGAAAGGGAAAAGGCCGAAAUGGACAGAGACAGUAAGGGAUAAUGGCAGAAAGGGACAGUGGCAGAAAGGGAAAAGGGCAGAAAGGGACAGAGUCAGACAGGGAAAGUGGCAGGAAGGGAAAAAGGCAAAAAGGGACAGAGUAAAAAAGGGACAAAGGCAGGAAGGGGGAAUGGCAGAAAGGGAAAGAGGCAUAAAGGGGAAAGGGCAGAAAGGGGAAGAAGGCAGAAAGGAAAAUAGGCAGAAAAGGGAUACAGGCAGAAAGGGAAAGAGGUAG